AUGUUCGCUUUACUUCUAUUUGUCAUUUUGAUUGAUAGUUUAUCAUCAAUUCAGAUUGAACAAACACCAAAACAAUUCAAAAUAAACGAAAAUUCUCCUAAUGGUACUAUAAUUGGUACAAUUCAAAUAAAUCCAUCUAAUUAUUCAAUAACUUUAAUUGAUGAUGCUAAUGGACGUUUUCGUCUUAAUUCCAAUGGUCAACUUAUCGUAAGUACUUUUAUUUAUUCAUUCUUGUCCUGA